CGAAACAGGAAGAGUACAGUGAGCCAGAUGCGGCCAAUGCCUGUCGAAUACUCCUGGCCCUCCUCCAGCAGGUGCUCCAGGAAGGACCAGUCACCUCUGGACAUCCUCUGCUCCUAAGAAGAACAGUGGACAGAUGGACAGAUACAUGAUGGUUGCUGUUGUUCAUUGGAGUCAUGCAGCAACACAACUGCUAUAUUGUUCCAAGGAAGCCACACCUCCAAAGGCAUGUAAGUCUAUUGAGAGACCGAGGAGCUUCGGAAUAGGCGUGUUUCUCCUUCUGUCACUCCAGCGAAGAUUACGUUCAGUGCAAACGUCGCGGAGAAGCUUCGACUUUAAGAGUGAUUGACAGCGAGUUCAUUCAGUCGGCUCUUUCUACUUAAAGACAUGAAGCACCUUUUCCUGAUGAGACUGUGGUGAGACCGGUGCAACCCUGUCACGCCCACAGCGCCCCCUUUCGGCCCGGACGGCCCACCAUGCCCCGGCGCCUGUGAAAGGGUAUCAUGUUAGCCGUAGCAUGUCCCAGCAUUCCUCUGGUGGUGGCGGAGGAGGCCCCUGCCACUGCACGCCUGAGGAUUGUGAUGGCCCGGGCAGAGACUACUACCAGGGUCACAGCGAUGGCCACUAUUACCCUCCAGGAGGUCCAGCUGAGGCCCUGGCACUGGAGAGGCACCAUUCCCACUCCCAUUCCCACUCCCAUAGCCACUCUGGAGGAGGAACCUUUCCCCGCUCCCACCCCAGCCAGCACCCACCUCUCCAGUCAUUUGACUCUUGCGAGGAGUGCCUGUCCUCUGGCCACGGAGGGAAGAUGCACCGCAUUCCCCCGAACCUGAUAGACCAGUUUGAGAAGCAGGUACCCUUUCAUCCUGAUGGCUUCCACACACUGCAGUACCAGCGCAGCACUAGUGGAGGGGCUGAGCAGCGCAGCGAGAGUCCCUCACGUAUCCGCCACCUGGUCAACUCUGUGCAGCGCCUCUUUGCCAAGUCCCAUUCUCUGGAGGCACCAUCCAAACGGGAGUACAAUGGCACAAGAGGGGGCGGGGACUAUCGUAGCGAGAGAGGAGGAGGAGGACACCGGAGUGGAGGGGAGGACGGCGGAGGCCACUACUCAGGCCACCAGCCUCGAUCUACCAGGAGGAACAAGUCUCGAGAGCGUAGCAAGAGCGGAGAUUCACGGCAUGAGUCAGGCAGACGCCAUCGCAGCAGGACAGCAGGCUGGUGGAGCUCUGAUGACAACCUGGACAGCGACAGCAGCUUCCUGGUCAGUGGUGGCAGAAGGGGGUAUCCCAGUGGACACGAGAGCCUGGAUGCAGCCAUCCAGGAGCUCACCAUGAAGAGGCCCAAGGAGCGUGCUGGUGGACCAGGGCCUGGGGAGUGCAUGGCCUGUACUACAAUGGCUCUGACUGGCAGUGAAGGAGGUGGCCACCAUGGGCACCACGGCCACUCACUGAAAAGAAGCACUUGGUCAGCCAUGACAGUGAGUCAGGCCAGGGAGGUGUACCCAUCUGCCAGGGGAGGAGGCUACGACAAAGCCCUUGUGCCUGUGGAGAGUAAGCUGAAGGAGAGGACCUUCCACUACUUGCAGGUCCCAUCUGAAGACUGGGGAGGUGGAUAUGGUGGUGGCGGUGCAGCUGACAGCGGAGGGGAGAUUCCAUGCCGUCGCAUGCGGAGCGGCAGCUACAUCAAGGCCAUGGGUGAUGAUGACAGUCCAGACUCAGACACCAGCCCAAAAGCCUCACCUAAAUCCACCCUGAUCGCCCAGAGGGACGCCUUCAGACGAUCUAUCAGCAUGGAUCAAAGGUACUCAUGUAAGCAGUGUACAGACUCUUACCCCAACAACCGAACUACACCCAAAACCCACACCCGCUCUCGUAGUUACACCCGCUCUCUGACCAGCUCACAGCUGGGAGACACGUUGAACCGUCAGUUUGAGUCGGUGUGCGAGACCAUGUUUGGGGAGGUGGAGUCUCAAGCCGUCGAGGCCCUGGAUCUUCCAGGUGUGUUCCGUACUCGCAGCCACAGCUACGUCCGCGCCAUCCAAGCUGGCUGUUCCCAGGACGACGACUGCCUCUCUGUCUUCUCCAUGUCGGGUCCCCAGGGAAGCAUCAAGGGUGGGGCCGUCUUUCCUUAUCGUAAAGGUGCUCCUCCCCCCCUCCCACCUCGCAUGUCCAAGUCUUCACUCUCAGUGCGAGCCCAGAGCAGCACAGAAUCCACCCAGGAUGCCUACUUCCAGAACAGCGGACAGUUAGCCUCAAGCUCAGGCCCCGGGCGCACCAAGCAGCACAGCAACUCUGUGGACCUGGGAAGCUCCGACGGCCCUUCGGGUCGCUCCUCCAGAGGAGGUUACUAUACUGCCACGGGCCCUGGACGCUCCCGACAGCACAGUAACUCAGCAGAGAGCCUAGAUGGGGUGAGGGGUUCGCGGGAACUGGUUCCCUAUGGAGGGGGUCCAGGAGUCGGGGUGAGGCCCAAACAUAGCAACUCUGCCGACAGCCUGCUGGAGGGGCCACCGAGGCCAGCCAGGGAGAGGGAUGGCAGGGUUGGGGGCAGUCUGGGGAAGUCAGUCUCUCUGCCUCAGAAUAGUAUUGUGCUGAGCAAAGCUGGGGGACAAGAUGAAGGACGUGGUGGGAGAAAAUGGAGGCCAUCCAUAGCUGUGCAGGUGGACAGCUCAGAGACUCUGUCAGAUUCAGAUGCAGAGGGCAAAGCUCUUACAGAGGUCCAUUCUAUAGGUGUCCAGGUGGAGGAUGACAAAAGGCGGGCUCGUUUCAAGCGCUCCAACAGCGUGACGGCGAGCGUCCAGGCUGACCUGGACCCUGAGGGCUUCCCGGGACUCAGCAUUGCAGUGCCAACACAGGACAAGAGUCUCCAGUUCGGCUGUUCUUUCCAAAGGCACUCAUCAGAGCCGGAGUCAGCUAGCCAGUACACAGAGUGCCACCGCACCGUCCACACACAGGGACAAUGGGCCUACAGAGAGGACCUUAUCCAGAGUGGCUACACUACUGAGCCCUGCCCAACAGACCCACGGUCCCACCAGCACCCACACUUGCCUCAACGUUCCCACUCUCCUCUGCCCAUCGCCUCGGAGAGAGCUUGGGCAGGGACACCAUCCUUGGAAGGCCCCCGGAGCCUGCCUGACUCAGGGCGAGCUUCGCCCUGCAUGAGAGAUGGAGAGUUCUUCUUACGCCUCCUGCAGACUGAGGUGGAAAGGAUGGAGGGCUGGUGCCAGAACAUGGAGAGAGAGGCCGAGGAGAACGAACUGCCAGAGGAGGUUCUUGAGCUGAUUCGAAAUGCAGUUGGCAGUGCCCAGAUGCUCAUGUCUCAGAAAGUCCAGCAGUUCUUCCGACUCUGUCAGCAAAGUGUGGACCCAUCAGCAUACCCUCAGCCCACCUCUCAGGACCUGGCAGGCUUCUGGGACCUGCUUCAGCUCAACAUAGAGGAUGUCAGGGUCAAAUUUCAGGACCUCCAGAGGCUCAAGGACUCUGGUUGGAGGCUUCCACCUGAAAAGAAGGUGAGAUGCCGAGGGAUCCACUCAGCCCUGAUUUCCCUACAGCACUCCCCCAGGGCUAAGAUGGCAGUGUGCAGAAGAGUAGCGCAGAUGGUCGUGCCCUCCAAGUCUUUGCAGGCUGUGAAAAUACAGAACAGCAAGAGGAUUUGAGCUGAACUGCCCACAAGACAAUGGAGUGAAAUCUAACUGCAAAGCAGUAUUUUUUUCCAUUUAUUGCAGCUGGUUGGACAGAAGAAAGUAGUUGUCUAUUGCAUAAUUGCCCAAAAAGGUUAGGUUACUCAAUGAUCAACUACUCUUUAUAACAAACUAACAAUUGUUUCUCCUUUCUUCUUUUUUCAUUAUCUUUGUUGACCUUUUCUUCUCCCAUUUCAUUUCCUUUUAUGUCACCUGAUGUCAAUGCAUGCUGGAAUACUUUUUGCUGAUUUUUUGUUGAUUUUGUCUUGUCUCUCCGUGAUUCUUCCUUGCUUGAAUUUUACCCUUUUUGUUGGUGAUUUUGCCCUUUGGUUUGCCAUUCUCUUUGUUUUUUGCAUGGGAUCCCUUUCGUACAAACCAUACAAAACCUUUUUUUUUCACCACCUGACACAACAAAUCCACUGUUCGUUUUCACCUUGCAUCUACGUCCCACCAUUGCGGGGCUAGGAGGAUAAGAAGCUUCCUCCUCCUUUACCAAAGAAGCCCGCAGGAGGGGUGAGUGGGAGCCUCCGGGCCGAUAGCAGUGGGGAUGGAGGUUCCGGAGGUGGGUCGGGGGGCCUUUUGGUACCUCGCCUGGGUGGACAUACCCUACCCAUCAGGGA